UUCGCAUGAAAAACCUUUACGGUAGACAUCCAGCCACUCCGAACGGAAGGCAUUGUGACGUAACGGUCCGUUAUCAUAAACCUUGGUGAUCGGUUCUUUAUCCAUGAGUGCGCGUCUGGAACGCGAGGACGGGCGCCAAAAGCGGGAAGCGAUGCUAACGUGGUGCUGCUUCUCAACUUCGCCUCCCGCCAUCUCCUUCGCCUCCUCCGUACACGAGGCGCUGCCGUCUCGCCGCCAUCGUAUUCUUCUCCUCCCUCGACCUCUUUCUGGUGCGAAUAACCUCCUCUUUUCUCACCAUCCAAGCGACAACAAUGGCGAGGGAUGGGCCAUGAGCCGCGUGGCCGCCUCGAGAACAGCGAGAACACCAGAGGAGGACGAAGAGGAGGAUGGGGGGGAAGAGGAGAACGAGGUUUAUUCGGAGAGAGCGAAGGGGUCGGGGACGACGGCGAGAGGGAGGAGAUUGCUCAAGGUGAGGGAGGAGAAGCGGAAGCGAGAGUACGACCGCCUCCACAACUAUCCCACUUGGGCCAAGAUAUUAGAAAAUGCAUGCAAAGAUGAUGAGGAACUUCGUGCUGUCCUUGGGGAUAGCAUUGGGAACCCAGAGCUGAUGAGGAAAAGGGAACUCAUCUGCACUAUUGACAGGUUGAGGAGAGGGUCCGGAAGAAAGGUAGAGACUUUCGCAAGUCCAGAACAGGAUCAGUUCUUGCCUUCAAAGUCAGCUUUAGAGACUUUAAUCCACUUGAUUCCUACAUAUGGUUUGAACUUUAUGGUGCUCCAUCAGACCGUGAUGUUGACCUUCUUGGUAGUGUCAUUCAAUCAUGGUAUGUCAUGGGACGCUUGGGUGCUUUUAACUCUUCAAAUCUGCAGUUGGCAAACUCAUCAAUGGAUUACAAUCCUUUGUAUGAUUCUGACAAAGCUGCUGGAGUUAUGCCUUCAUCUUUCCAUGAUAUUAGCGAUGUUGAGUUUCAAGACAACUGGGGCAGGGUUUGGGUGGACCUUGGAACAUCUGAUUUUUUUGCUGUCGAUGUAUUGCUAAAUUGCCUCACAGUGUUGAGUUCAGACUAGGAGUUCAUUCUGCCGAUCCUUCUUUCUUUUGGCAGAUACUUGGGCAUUCAACAGGUGGUUUUUGGUGGAAGACGCAUAGGUGACUGGGAAGAAGGCAUGACAAGCUCGGAGGAUGGAUACAAGCACUUCAAGAUCUGAGAUAACAUGCAAUUCUGCUUUCUAACGUGAGCAAGGUCAUCAAAGCUACAUACAGAUAGGACUACAGAACAGUGAAAGAAGAGCGAUGUCAAACAAUAUUAUAUAGGAUUGGUUGGAGCUGUUUCCAACUGCUGCAUUUUCAAUGAGUAGCAAAGAGGAGCUGUUUCCUAGCGCAUCCAUUUUCAGUUAUUAGCAAAGAGAAGCUAAUCCUCAAAUUGGCAGGACAUUGUGAAGCUUCACUUUGCAAGAAGAAAACCAUAUCCCAAAAUGAUGAACUGGGAUGGGCAAAUCAAAUGCUGUAAAAUUAGGGAGUAAUACAUGAGUACUACGUUGCUUGGUAAAUCUAAGAAAUGCAUGUGAUUAAGUACUAGUGUAUUUUAUUGUUUAGAGACAAAUUUAAGGGAAUUACUACUGGUAGUAUCUAA